AUGAAUCACUCCCCUUUGGACAUCACAAUAAUAUUUACAUCAUAUGGAUCCUUUCGGCCACUGAAUUACUUCUUUUUCACUCUCACGUUUAUUUUCUACCUCCUCUCAGUUCUUUCUAAUAUUUUGCUGAUGUUGGUUAUCUAUUUUGAAUCCAGCCUACACAAACCCAUGUACAUUUUUCUGUUUAACUUGGCAGUAAAUGGACUGAUAGGAAGCUCUGCUAUCUGGCCAAAAGUCAUGGAAAACCUUCUUUCAGACACUCAAAAGAGCUCACUGCUGGCUUGUCUAGUUCAGGUGUUUUGGAGCUAUUUCUACAUAUCAUCUGCUUAUACAACAUUCUCAGUCAUGGCCUACGACCGAUACAUCUCCAUUUGCAAGCCUUUGCUGUACCACAGCAUCAUGACUCCUAGGAAAGUGAAAGCACUGCUUACUGCAGCCAACAUCAUUCCUCUCUCCUCUAUAUCCAUUCAAGUGUAUCUGACUUCCACUCUGCCGAUGUGUGGCUACACUAUCCACAACCUGUUCUGUGACAACCUGGAACUUCUGAAACUCUCCUGCGUCAAAAGUGCUCUGGUUAGUCUAUAUGGUGUUUGCAUGAUUACAAUCUUAAUUGGUUUUCCAUGUAUUAUUGUGCUGCUCUCUUAUGCAAAGAUCCUCACUGUGAGUCUGAAAGCCUCCAAAGAUGCACGAAAGAAAGCUCUCAGCACAUGCUCGCCUCAUUUGAUCACCUUCAUUAAUUUAUCACUGGCUUCUCUUUUUGUUGAUAUUUAUCAUAGAUACAGUUCAGUUCUACCAGGAAAUGCUUGCAUAGUAAUGAUCAUAGAUAUUUUUGUGAUUCCCCCUCUGUUGCAUCCAAUCAUAUAUGGGAUCAGAACACAGGAGAUCAGGAAAUGUUUUGUAAAAACAGUGAGGAAAAAGGAGAGAUUUUUCAGGAUCUAUUCAGCUUUUUCACUUACUAUGAAGUUCAGACUGCGAUCAGGUCCAAUUAAUGUGCUUUUCAAUGACAAAAUCAACUAG